AGCUGUGAAAUUGUGUGUCUUGCAUAUUAAAAGAGUCUACUUUUACCUGCAGUGUGCUUUGAAAAUGUCUGAAAAUUCCAGUGACAGUGAUUCAUCUUGCGGCUGGACUGUCAUCAAUCACGAGGGUUCUGACAUAGAGACAGUCACCUCAGAAAAUGGAAGCACGAAUGACAACCAUGAGUUUGUUUCAGAAGAAUAUGUUUCUUUGCAAGAAGAGGAGCAGGCAAUUGAUGUGCAAGAUCAGUGCAGCCACGAUGAAGAGAUCCCAGCAGUAGAUAAUACUCUAUCUGGUUUUGUGGAAACUCAGACAGUUCCAGAGGGAAAUAAAGAAAAAGUUCCUGAUGAUGGGUCCUGCAUUGGAACUAUUAGUGAUGAUUCUGACAUCGUUACACUUGAAGCUCCAAAACCAGAAGAAACUCAGAGUCAGGAGGAAGCUCCAGCUGAUGGUGAAGAAGCUCAGAGUUCAGAGGACUUUAACAUGGGUUCCUCCUCUAGCAGUCAAUAUGCAUUUUCCCAUGUAGAAACUGUCACUUGGCUGGAGAAGCUGUGGAAGAUUCCUGGUUGUGUAAGGGGAUGGGGAAAUGAGGUGAAAGAGCAUGUAUCUCGCAGUCUUCCUUUUCAAGUGUUCUCCUCUCAGGCCAGCCCCGAGGAGUCCAGCAGCGAUGAAAGCAGCAGCCGGAGCAGCCCGGCCGUGCGCAAGCGGCGCCCGCGGAAGCGCGGCGUGUCCGGCUCCGAGCCCGAGGGGGCGGCCCCGGCCGAGCCCGAGGCGGAGCCGCCCCGCGACGAGCAGCGCCAGCGCCAGUUCAGCAGCGGCCUCAACAGAUGCAUCAUCCUGGCGCUGGUGAUCGCCAUCAGCAUGGGCUUCGGACACUUCUACGGUAAACCUGAAGGUACAGUGCAGGUCCAGAAACGGCAGCAGCUGGUGACAAAGACACGUGAAAUAAAAGAUCUGAAAGAUGACCUUUACCAGUGCCAACAAGAGCAAGGAGAUCAAGUGCACCACAAAGUGGGGUCACUCAAGGGAGAUCUUGCCACAUGUUUGACCUUUACUGAGGUGGAGAAGAAAUCCUUUGAUUCUCAAAAAAAAAGUCUUGCUGCAGAAAAUCAGCAUCUAAGAGAAUCUCUAGAGAAAGAAGAAAAGGCUUUGGCCUCACUUCAGGAAGAAUUAAGGAAGCUAAGACAACAAAUUAGAAACUUAGAAGAUAAAGGUAGUAGCACUGAAUCUAUUGUAAUAGAAAAUCAGAAACUAAGGGAGCAUUUGGAAGAGGAAAAGCAAAGGAACAGCAAUUUUCUCAGGCAAAAGGAAACACUCUUUGCAGAGGCACAGAUGCUCAGGCGAGAACUGGACAAAGAACGUCAUGUUACAGAAGCUCUGAAAAAGGAACUAGAACAGUUAAGUUCUCGUCAUACACCUGACAGUGCUGCUGAUGAUGAUGAUGAGACAUUAAGAGAAAAUCAAGAAAUAGAAACUCUGCGAGGAAGACUGGCAGAACUAGAAAAGAAGCUAAACUUUGAGCAACAACGCUCUGACUUAUGGGAGAAGCUGUAUGUUGAAGCAAAAGACCAAUCUGAAAAACAAGAAAUUAAUGAAAAUGGACAAAAGAAAAGUGCUAAAGGGCAAAGUAAGAGUAGAAAGAAAUCAAAGGAGACGUUUUUUGGUUCAGUUAAAGAAACUUUUGAUGCAAUGAAAAAUUCCACAAAAGAGUUUGUAAGACACCAUAAAGAAAAGAUUAAGCAGGCUAAAGAAGCAGUGAAAGAAAACUUGAAAAAAUUCUCUGAUUCUGUAAAGUCUACAUUCAGACACUUCAAAGAUACCACAAAAAACAUCUUUGAUGAAAAAGAGAAGUCAUCAAGCGAUAAAAGAUAUGAGGCAAACAAGAAAGCUCGAACUUUUUACCGAGACCAUAACUCCUAUGAGAAUCUGAAGCACAUGCAUUACAGGGGACCUCACAUGCCAAAAGAAUCCAGAAAUGGAAGGAAACAUCAUUUUACAACAUAUGAAAAAGAUUCAGAUUCCCAGAAAUGUCUCAAUGAUCAUUUGUGUAAUAGGAAACAUCAGUUUGCCCUAAAGGGCUGCUCUGGUAUUUUUGAAUGUGCUCAUCAAGAAUUCAUUAGUCUCUUUAACAGAGUUUCGGAUCCCAUCAGGGUGGAUGAAUUUAAUCGGCUAAUGAGAAAGUAUUUGCAGCAAGUUGUACAUAACUUUCAUCACUGGAGAGAACUAGAAAAUUUCAUCAAUAAGUUUUUUCAUAAUGGAUUGUUUAUACAUGACCAGAUGCUGUUCACUGAUUUUGUUAAUGAUGUCAAGGAUUACCUGGAAGAUAUGAAGGAAUACCAAAGUAAUAAUGAGAAGGUUUUUGAGGAUUUGGACAAAUACGUCUACAGAUACUACUUCCAUUAUGAUAAUUCACCCCAGUAUGGACCCAGUCGACCUAAAAGACCUUUUACACAAAGUGAAAAUUCCAGACAUGAAAAACAAGCUCAGAAGUACCAACACCGUAAUAAAAGAGAAGGUAAAUGGCAUAAACAUGGUCGCACUAAUGGAAGACACAUGGCAAAUCUUGAAAUAGAAUUGGGGCAACUACCCUUCGAUCCAAAAUACUGAGUAAUUUAUUGUAAAAAUUAAGAUUAAAAUUCACAUGCUCUCUGGAAACUAAUUGUUUUUCAACAAAGCAGCAAAAUGCAAGGGUUUUUUUUCUGAAUAAUUUGAUUUUUACACAUUUUUGUUAACAGGCAGAAGUCAGGCUUUCUGAUUUGCAUAUUCUGUACCGUUGCUUUAACUGUCCUUUGGAAGUAAAGAUAGUUUGGGUGCCAGCAGUAUUGUUGCAGAAACUAGGCAUGCCAUGACCUGUGUAUGAAAAAAUGCUUAAUUGCAUUCCAUUAGUGUAGUUAAAGCUUGAGCCAUGCAUAAUGUACCAACUACUAACUCCAAUGUUUGAUAUACUAACUUCAUCUCAUCCUUCAAAAAAUAGAUCAACAUUGUGGUAAUGUAUUUGUUAGUGUUUUGUAACCUUAUAUUUGCUUCCUGUCUUUGGGGGGGUUCAAAAGCCUGUUGAAUUGUGAAGAAUUUGCUGUGCUGCAUUCUAAUCAGCGUGCUGAUUUAAACACUUGAAAUGUCUUGCAUAUCUGCAUAUUGUAGAAGAAAAAUAAAAGAGACAUUGUGGGUAAAA